AUGGCGGGGAACAGUUCUACUGCUACCUCUUUUGUUAAUAUGGAAGAUUUUGUUAUUAUCAAGAGGUUUAAUGUUAAUAUUCGUCCGCCUAGAGCGCCAAACAUUUUGGAGGUUAUUUGGAAACCCCCUCCUAAAGAGUGGAUUAAAAUUAACUGUGACGGCGCUGCUAUUUCUUCGGGUCUUGCUGGUUGUGGAGGUAUAGUUAGAAACAGUGAUGGUAUUUUUUUGGGAGCCUUCGCUUCUGGUUUGGGUGAAGCCAACUCUCUCACGGCCGAACUCUAUGGUGCUAUUCUUGCAAUUGAGUUCGCCUUUGCGAGAAAUUGGAAUAACAUUUGGUUGGAGACGGACUCGACAGCAGUUGUCAAGGCUUUCAACUCUCCGCUCAAAGUUCCUUGGCAUAUUAGGAAUAGAUGGUUGAAUUGUAUAGAUAUAAUUACUAAAUGGAAUUUUAUGGUUUCGCAUAUUUUUAGGGAAGGCAACAGUUGUGCAGAUGCCCUCGCUACUCAUGGGCUAUCUUUACCUGACUAUGCUCUUUUUUCCUCUAUUCCUCCUUUCUUAAGGGCUGAUUUUGUUAAGAACCGGUUAGGUAUGCCGUUCUUUAGAUUUGUAUCUUCUUGA